ACUGCCAUGAGGACCAGUAUUCUUGAGAAAAAAAAGAUACGGUCCGACAUAAAGAUACCGGGGUUUUAAUAAACAUAAUUAGCUAGUUGUUGGGUUUUAAGAGCCCUAGAUAAAGUCCGACUAGAUAUAUAUGUGUGGCGCGUUUACGGAUAAACAAGCAAAAGUCGGUUAUGGACUCGCGUAAUCGACGCAGCUACUCGGGGGGCAGUGGCAACGACGGCAGUGGGGGAAGGGGCGGCAAUAGCACCGCCUACUACAACAGAUCCCGCUCCCGUUUCAGUAGAUCCCGGUCUCGGUCACGUGAGCGCAAUCGUGGAUUUGGCGGAGGAGGUGGCGGCGGCGGGGGAUUUAGACAUCGCAAUUCUCGUUCUCGGAGUCGGAGUCCCGCCUUCAGGCACGACGAGCGCGGAGGACGCGGGGGAGGUGGAGGAGGAGGAGACCCUGACUUAUAUCACAACCUGAUCAACGAGGACUACAGGGAUGACGAGCGCAACUACAAUCCAAGGAAUAACUUCAAUAAUCGUCAAUUUCGGCGAGAGGAUAACUUUGAACAAAAUCGCAACCAUAGGAACAACAGCAGGGACAACGACAGAGGUCGGGAUCAUCAUGAGAACUUUGACAACGACCAGCGAUGGAGGGACUUCGAGACCCGCGAACGCAAUUCCAUGGAGAGGUCGGAACGGUUUCAAGACAGGGAGCCGCGGAGACCCUGGAAUAGGAAUUAUUCGAACGAGCACGAUGACAGGGACAGGAGCCACGAGCGGAUGAGUCGUCCCAGAGACAGUCGCCCGAACAACAACGGCGGCGUGGGGAAUAAUCGGGAACGAGAGCGGGAUUGGGAGCACGACCGAGAUCAGGAUUCAUGGAAUCAUGAGCGAAAUCAAGAUCGGCACCAAGAUCGACACAGAAGAGGCUCGUCCGAAGAGGACAUGGACGAGGGACAGAUGCGCAGAAACAAGAACGGGAAUGCCCAAGAGCCCCUCAACAUAAUUAUUAUACUGGGACUCACCAUGGAAAUAACCAGGGCAGAUAUUAUGAGUGAACUGAUUAAAAUGAAUAUGGAGCCGGCCUGCAUUCGGAUUAUUCGGAAGCAUGGCAAACGCUUUUGCCCCGACACCGCCGCGAUGCCUCAGCAGCAAAGAAAUUCAUCACGCGGUAUAGCGUUUGUCGAGUUUACCACCGUUGAAGAGGCGAAGCAAUGGAUGGAGAUUACUCAGGGCAUUCUCAAGUUGGGCGAUCAUCGGUUGACCAUGCAGUACAGCCACACACGCAUCCAGGACUGGAACUGCAGCAAGUGCGGCGUGUGCAACUUCAAAUUUAGGUGCUACUGCUUCGUGUGCAAAACCUCCCGAGAGGAGGCCGAAAGCGUUGGCGGUAGCGAGGGCGUGGAUGAAGUCAGCAGCAUCCUCACCAAAAAGAUCAUGCUGCGCAACCUGGACGCGUUGACAAACGAAGAGGGCGUGCUCACCGCCCUCCAGCAGUACUUGCCAGACCUGACAAAGACGAUCAGCAAGGUCCUAAUAAGUCGGGACACCCUGACUCAGGCAUCUCGAGGCAUUUGUUACCUUCACUUCGACACGCUCAUCGACUCGAUGAAUGUCCAUAACGGCCUGAUGGCACUAAAUCCACCCCUCACGCUGGAUGACCGGCCUGUUGCCAUCACAUAUUGCAUUGACGCAGAGGAACUCCAGACAGGGUCCAAAGAUGCAAGCAAAGCAGCCACCAAGGCCAGCGAAGAAAGCCACCUGAGUAGAGAUGCUGCCGUGGUGUCACCCUCGGGUCUUGGGGGCAACUACACCCUGGCGGAUGUGCCACGCCUCGCCGAAUACAGUGCCUCGUUGUACGCCUCGAAUCCCGCGGAGCAGGCUCACUACGUCCAAUACUACACGGACUUUUACACGGCCGAGAUACACGGCAAGAAGAGCAGGGAUCCGCAAUUGACGGAGGCCAAUUCAGGGGCUGCUGUGGCCCUUUCGGCCAUACAGCGCAAGCAGAAGAAGAUGAGCAGCAUAGAGACCACGAUCACAGCGGCGGCCGCAGCCGCGGCCCAAGCAGCCGCUGAGGUAAAGGCCUCCUUCGCUGCCCAAGCCAUAAGUGCAGCUCCCAGGGGGAACGACGGAAAGACGUACCCCACUCCCGAUGUAUCGCAGUAUCAGUACGAUGAGACCUCGGGCUACUACUACGACCGCACCACAGGGCUCUACUACGACGCCCACUCGCAGUACUACUACAACAACGAAACGGGGGCGUAUCUGUACUGGGACCAGAAGAGGAGCACCUACGUCCUGGCCACCCCUGCCUCCACGCAGGCAGCUCUUCAGGAAGUCCUGGUGGACGCCGAGCAGAAGGAGGAGGAGGCCAAAAAGGCGAAGGAGAAGGAGAAGGACAAGGAGGGCGGCGGCAACAAACACGACAAGGUCAAGGUGGCCAAGAAGAUAGUGAAGGACAUGGAAAAGUGGGCCAAGCAGCUCAAUCAGAAGAAAGACUACACUGUGGUGGCCACGCCACAGCCCAUACUCUCGGGCAACGACGGUCCCAGCACCUCGCGGGGCUCUCAGGGAGGCUAUGCUGACCUGGGCUUCUCCAUCCUGGAAAAGAAGGAGAGGGCCAAGCUCACCGACUAUAUGUCACAGGCGGGACCGCCCGGCACCAACAAGAUUGUAAAUGCGUACGGCGGAGGAUCGGACUCCGAGGAGGAAGCUGCUGGCAACUUGCAGAACGCGCAGGGUUCGAUGGUAGCUGGAACUGGAAGUGUCGAUGAAUCGGACUACGUGGACUUUCAGAAGUUAACUUGUCAGCUCUGCAAACGUGCCUUCCAAUCGCUGGACAUCCUUCAAAAGCAUUUAAAGAUGUCCAAUUUGCACAAGGAAAACUUGGCCAAGCUCAACCAAAGCUCAGGAGGCGCCGUCGUUGACGAGGGCCUGUCCUAUCGUGAUCGUGCCAAGGAGCGUAGGCUUAAGUACGGAGAGAGCGAUCCCCCGCCCCCAAAUCGAAGCAGAGAGCGCUUUGAGCAGGAGAUCAAGACCCUGCAGACGAGGCAGAAGGACAACUCGGGACCGGCUCCCGCCAUGCCCAUCAGCUCCAGCAAUGUGGGCAGUCGCCUGCUGCAGAAGAUGGGCUGGUCAGAGGGCCAGGGCUUGGGAAGGAAGAACCAGGGUCGCACACAGAUCAUAGAGGCUGAGGGGCGCACCAACAAUGUGGGUCUGGGGAACAAAGCGGGAAGCAUGAUUCCGGGCAACGACUAUAAAUCCUACAUCAAGAAGAUGAUGAAGCAGCGCUAUGAAAAUGCAUGAGAAUAGGUUAAUUCUCAAACAAAGAGCUCGGUUCUCUUUAAAAGGUUGAGCCAAUAGAUUAUAUUUUAACGGCAAAAUGUUUUCUCCAUUACAUUUUUCGAAGUCUUUACGAUUAACUAUGAGCCAGUGAAUCAGAAAAACCACAUUCUUGGUUUGGAGCCUGCCUUUGACUUGUCAGGGAGACGUAAAAAGGUCUUGAAUAGCCAAUAGUUUAAUUUAGAUUAAGUUAAGAGUUUUGGUUAAGAGAAUUCAGUCUCUUUUAAUAAUUACAAAAUAAAGUUUAAAUAUCGCAAAA